GUCAGGAACUUUUAACUUAUAACACCGGAAUAAUUAUAGCGAGGGGAAAAUAUUAGCGACACCGCCAACCUGCUAUUGUAAUUAGUUGAGCAAAUUUCCUAAAUUGAUGUAAAAACAGUCCCAGGAAACCGAAUCUUUUCAGAUUAAUAUUAACAAAGUUUUCUGCAGCUUUUAAGAAUUCCUGAUCUUUAAAUAUGGACGAUGUUAAUCCUUUGGGAUCUUCAAACGAUGUAAAUUCCGUUUCACGGACAGUCAAAGGUGAGAAAGUUUUAUUCAAUGAAGAGUCCACUGAUCAGAGAUCGAUACAGAGAAAUAUUACUGAAUAUAGCUGUGGCAUUCGUAAGGAAAAAUAUAUUUCAGAGCAUGAAUUAAUCAUACACAAGGACAUCCAUAAAAAGGAGAAACCAUUCCAAUGUGAAAUAUGCGGGAAAUAUUACACACAGAAUGCCAGCCUUGUUGUCCACGUACGGGGUCACACGGGAGAAAGACCCUUCAAGUGUGAUAUCUGCGGGCAAUAUUUCGUUUCUACUACUAUUUUGUCAAGGCAUAGAACGAUUCAUACAGGUGAGAGGCGGUUUCGGUGUGAAAUAUGCGGCAAAUCUUAUAUUAGUAAUUCGAAACUUGUUAUCCACGUACGGGGUCACACGGGAGAAAGACCCUUCAAGUGUGAUAUCUGCGGGAAAUAUUUUGUGUCUAAUACUGCUUUGUCAAAGCAUAAAGCGAUUCAUACAGGUGAGAAACCAUUUCAGUGUGAAAUCUGCGGGAAAUCUUUUCUUUAUAAUUCGAAACUUGUUGUCCAUAUACGUAGUCAUACGGGAGAGAAACCGUGGAGUUGUGAUGUUUGCGGGAAGUGUUUCGUGUCCAGUAGUAGUUUGGCGAUUCACAAAAGGCUUCACACAGGAGAGAAAUUGUUACGCUGUGAAAUCUGCGGGAAAACUUUUCUAAAUAAUUCUAAACUUGUCAUUCAUGGACGUAGGCACACGGGAGAGAAACCGUUUCGUUGUGAAAUCUGCGGGAAGGAUUUUAUCGAGAAUUCUAAGCUUACGAUCCACAAACGUACCCACACUGGGGAAAAACUAUAUUGUUGUGAGGUGUGUGGGAAAUUUUUUGUUAAUAGUAGUGUUUUAAAAACCCAUGACCGAAUCCAUAGUGGGGAGAAGCCUUAUCAGUGCGAAUCGUGUGGCAAGUCUUUUCUCAGCAAUAGUAAUCUUCAAAGACACAAACGAAUUCAUACUGGGGAAAAUCCAUUCCACUGCGAAAUCUGUGGCAAGUCAUUCUCUGAUAAUUCAAAUUUUUUGGUUCACAAACGGAGACACAUUGGGGAAUUGUCUUAUUGCUGUGAAAUCUGUGGUAAAUCGUUCGUAAAUAACAGUGAUUUAAAGACCCAUGAACGAAUCCACUCUGGAGAGAAACCCUUCCAUUGUGAUAUCUGUGGGAAAUCGUUCUAUGUGAAUUCACAGCUUGUAGUUCAUAAAAUGAUGCAUGCUGGGGAAAAUCCCUUCUGCUGUGAUAUCUGUGGAAAGUCAUUUCUUACGAUCAGUUUAUUAAAAACGCACAGAAAAAUCCACUCUGGAGAGAAACCAUAUCACUGUGAGAUCUGUGGGAAAGCUUUUCUUAAGAACCACGAUUUAAAACGUCACAAUCAAAUCCACACAGGGGAGAAACCUUAUCAUUGUGAUAUUUGUGACAAGUCGUUUGGUAAAAAUUCUUCCCUUGUUGUGCACAAGCAGAUACACAUGGGGGAAAAGUCCUAUCUUUGUGAUAUGUGUGGGAAAUCCUUCUCCCGGAAUUUCGAUCUUAUGAGCCACAAGCGUAGACACACUGGGGAAAAACCUUGUGCCUGUGGGGUCUGUGGGAAAUCUUUUGUUAAUAACAGUGACUUAAACAUACACAAACGGAAACACACGGGUGAAAAACCCUAUUGUUGUGAAGUAUGUGAGAAAUCCUUCAUUUCUAGCAGUCUUUUAAAGAGACACGAACGACUGCACACCAGAGGGAAGCCUCUCAAAUGUGAGACAUAAGAUAUGGGUCUCUUGCCGCCUUGUAAUCUAAACCUAUAAUGUGUCCACAAAUAUUCAAUGGUGAACAUGUGUGCAUAAAAUGCCAGAAAUCACUUUCUUUUUGAAUUCGUAUUAUGUAGGCCCACAAAUAUGUUCUUUGAAAGAAAAUCAUUUUCAUUUAGGGUCUGUUUUCCAUGCUAGCACGGGUAAGACAGUUUAACUGGAGCUGGUAAGCCGGAGAGUUGCACCAGGCUCCAGUCUGUUUUGGCAUGGUUUCGACAGCUGGACGCCAACCUAUUUCUUUA